GGAUCAGCGUCAUGCGCCGCCAGCUGCUGCUCUGAAUACUUUUAGCUCACAUCUGCCGGCCACGGCUGCAGGUGCACUGCUGGGAUUUUAUUGCAAAGUGUUUUAUCUUUAAGGGUCUGGCGGUGGGGGGGUGUUUGUUGUCACUGGUCACAGCCCGGGUGGGAUCCGCGUCCACCGGCGUGGAUGCUCCGUGCUGGUAGGAUGGAGGAGUUCGUCACGGAGGAAGAGGAGCCAUGGUACGAUCAGCGGGAUCUGGAGCAAGACCUGCAUUUGGCAGCAGAACUCGGCAAGACUCUCCUGGAACGCAACAAAGAGCUGGAGGACUCUCUCCAGCAGAUGUACAUUAACAAUGAUGAGCAAGUGCAUGAGAUAGAGUACCUCUCCAAGCAGCUGGAAAUGUUGAGGGAGGUGAACGAGCAGCACGCCAAGGUGUACGAACAGCUGGACGUGACUGCCAGAGGGCUGGAAAUCACCAACGAGAAGCUGGUGCUGGAGAGCAAGACCUCGCAGCAGAAGAUCGACAGGUUGACUGGCACCAUGGAGACCUUGCACGGUCAGGUGGAAAGUCUCACAGUUCGCCUGGAGGAGCUGCACACCCUGGAAGAGCUGUGGAUGCACAGGGAGAAGAAGGAACGUCGCAAGACGGUGCAGUCGUUCCCCUGCCUGAAGGAGCUCUGCACUGCUCCCAGGUAUGAGGACGGUUUCCUCCUGGCCAAUCCUGGAAGUGUAGAUUUGGUGGAGAAACGGCCACCGGAUGAGGAAAAUGAGCGCCUGAAAGGCAUUGUGUCGUCCCUGCACGCAGCCAUGGCCUCGGAGCGGGCCAGGCGGGAGAGCGUGGAGAGGGAGUGUGCCACCGUCCUGCAGGAGUUCGAGAGCCUAGAGCAGCGUCUCUUGGGCGCAGAGGGCUGCCAUCUGCGGGUCCAGGAGCUGGAGGCCGAACUCCAGGAGAUGCAGCAGCUCAGGAAGUCCCGGCUGUGUCUGAUCGGGGAUGUGGAGGACGGGCUGGAGACGCUGCUCAGCAACGGGCCUGAGACCGACACCCCAGAAGAGGACACGGGCCUGCAGGAGGGCGGCGAAGGCCCGGUGCGGAAGAGCUGCAGCGACACGGCGCUAAACUCCAUGUCGGCCACCUCUGGACGACGACAGGGCAGUUACAGCAACGGCUCACGCAAGCGCGGCAUGUCCAUCCUGCGGGAGGUGGACGAGCAGUACCACGCCCUGCUGGAGAAGUACGAGGAGCUGCUGGGGAAGUGCCGGCGCCACGAGGACGGCCAGUGCCACGCCGGCGUGCAGACCUCCCGGCCCGUCUCCAGAGACCCCUCCAUGAAGGAGUACAGCAUGAUCUGCAUGGAGCCGUCCACGUCUGGGGCCGGGGCCGCCGCCCGCCCUCCCACGCCCCCUCAGACCCCGUCCACCCCCGAGGCCCUGGAGGGGAUCAGCCGGCAGGUGGAGCAGGUGGACAAGCGGCUCAGCCAGAACACGCCCGAGUACAAGGCGCUGUUCAAAGAGAUCUUCUCCCGACUUCAGAAAACUAAAAGUGACGUGAACUCCAGCAAGAGCAGAAAGACCAACAAAUGAACUGGCGCGCCACGACUACUGCUACUAAAUGCACUGAAACUACUGAUUUUCCUUAAAAUUACCUUGCCUUUUGUGUAACCUUUGGCCGCUGUUGACUGAAGGCUCGAUGUUUUGUUUUUGCUCUUUGAAGAGGAGACUACUGAAUUUUGCUAAAGAGAAAUGCCUUUUGACUGUCUGCUACUGAAAAUGAUCCAAACAGAAGGUGCAUUUUUAACUUACAUUUACCGAUGCUUGAGAAAAUGUAACACGUGCCAGUUAUUUAAGCCAAAUACAUUCAAAAACACAAUCCUCCACUGGCUUUAAAGGCAUCUGCAGCAUGUAAUAACCAGAAUUUAAAGAAAAAAGCAAUUUUGAAAGCAGGUGAAUCUAUUUCUCAUGCGUUUGGAGCAGAUUUAAAUUCACUGGACACAUCCAGGUGGGCAUUUACCAAAAAGAGCAGUACGAGAUCAAUUUGAUGUAUUGUUUACAUUGGUAACUGAAAUAGAUGUCAGUGCCUCUACGGUGAAAGCAUGUGUUGCAAGCUGAAGGUGCUCGGUGUCACGGUGUGGGUCUUGUUAUGGGUCACUUAAAUGUUUAUUACAAUAAAUGCAU